UCCCAUUGCAGGCUGUUUUACUCUCAAGCUCUGGUGAGACUCCGGAGGGUGCGAAAAUGGAUCGGCUGUCGUGGACACCGACCUGUAGCAGUUGGUCUCCACGUCAUCACAAGGGCCAGCGCCGGAAGCCGUACGUAUUUGAGACGUUCCCUCCUUCGCUCUUUUUGCUUUAGACGCUACAGUUUUCCAGCUUCUUCCAAUUAUCUUUUUUCAUUGAAAUUCUGCCACAAAAUGUAUCGAGGAUCGUCUCCCGCAUCCGAUGAGCCGGAAUUUCAGCCGUUGAGGAGGCUUAAACCGUUACCCAAACGUAGACGUACCUCAGACGCGCCCAUUCCAGCAGCAGACGUCACCCAUCCCAUGGCCGACAUUCUCGACACAGAAUCUCUCGCAGAAAAACUCCUUGCUCAUGCUGACUCCUUUUCUCUGCAGUCUUACUACGCCUCUGUGUUCGGUGGUAUCCGUAAUGGAGACACCCUUGAUCUGAGCGCGGCGUAUCAACUCGGGAAAAUGGGAAGGUCGGAGGAGGACCAGAGUGAGGGUGACUAUACAGAUCAUCUGCAGCAGCCUGGGAAUACGAAGAAGAGGAAGGUGCCAGCUAACAUGUCAGGCGCGGCGCAAGGGCGGGAGGCAGAGCCACAGUUGGGUGCAGAGGAUGAGAUUUUGGACAACUUGGCUCUAUUGAAUGGUCGGGCUAACAACGGCCUUGACCUUUCUGCCCUGCCACCAUCGGUGACCCCCACCCACAGGAAGGGUAAGAUCACCCCAUCAACGCUGGCAGGUCUCCAGCACAAGGAGCUACUCAAGCAUCGAAAGCGCCAGCUUGCAGCCGUCCUGGGAGCCCUUUCCCUUGGCGAUACACUUGCCCUUGAUCAAGCAUUAUCGACACACUUGCCCUUUGCGGGUUCGAUGAUCAGAUCUGGUUCUAAUCCGCCCAAAGUACGGCUCUCGCGUCGACUUGGUCCGCGUCUUGCUCGCGCGGCAAAAGCUCAUGCAAGUACAGCCUCAUUGCCCCCUCAGAAGAAGCCUUCAUUUCCAAGCGCUCAAUUCGCGUUCACGUUUUCCAGUGCAACAUCUGAUCGCCUCGUUGCGACAAAACAGGAGGUGCUCGCACUUAGAAAUCGGUUCGAAAAUGAACUCGCACGUCAAGCGGCUAAAGUUACCAAAGCAGCUACUGAUGCUAAACAAGCAGCACUUACGGCAAGCAAAGGAGCUAAGUCAAAGCGGGGAGAGAAAACGCAGCAGCGGGCACCUAAAGGCACAGCUGAAAGUGGGGAUCAGUCAGCGGAGUUUCUGGAAAUGCCAGGGGGAAAAGGCAAGGGAAGCAAAAAGAAAAAGCGAAAUGCACUUGCUAUUGCAUCAAAUCCGCAUCACCGCAAAAAUUACGUUCCUUCCAGGCUUCCUUCAUCUGGGCAGGCUAAUAUGGUUCAGGCGAAUGUCAAUGCCCAGAACAUGCUUGGGCCACUUCCACUUCGCUUCCUCUCGGCACAAAUACCGCCUCGCAGACGCAAGAAGGCAAACACGGUUACUCCCACUGCGCAAAUAGUCAAUCCUGCAGAUGAAUGGAUCUGCCCACGUUGCGAAUAUUCCCUUUUCUAUGGAGAGGGGUUAGAGCACCGUCAAGCGGUGAAGAACCGAAAACAGAUCCUUCGUAGAAGAAGACGUGCGCAGGAGCGUGCUGCAGGCGGACUGAACGCCUCCAAGACACCUGCAAAUUUAGCAUCAUCUGAUGAAGAAGACGAUUACGACAACGAUUAUGAGCCAUCUCCUGCGCAAUCCCCCGUCAUCGUGAAGGAGUCUAAUUGGAAAGAAGGCCCGGAUAUUGGCAGGUCUAGAGGGCAGGAUUUCAUACAAACUGGAUAGCGUAUUUACUGAUCCACUUCCGCUCUUUCCGUCUCAUUUUGCAUACGCCAUCGCUAGUCAUGGAAGGCAUCGCAUUACUUACUGACAUGUUAUCACAAGCCGCAUCUUUAUCUAAUGGACGGACAUUUGGAAUUUAUUGGUAGUCGCGUUGGCAAAUAUGAGGCAAUUUCAAUGGA